GUAUUCAUCAAUACACACACAUACAUCGGAGAGAGAUUUAGAUUUUAGAAAGAGACUGUCAAAUCUCCAUACUCUCUCUCUCUCUCUAAAAUUCCAUGUUUUAUUCUCUCUGAAUAUAAUGCUCCCGGAUUUUCAAGUACAGGUAGUCUGCCUAUCUCAGCAGCAAGCACACUGAAAAAAUAGGAAAACGCUCACCCGACCAACCGACCACAGUUAACAGAGGCUAAGGUCAGGUGAUUUUGUUUGUGAUGGAGGGCAAUGGAGGGGGUGAAUUAGAUGGGAAGGUGUUGCAGACGUUUCAAAAGAGUUUUGUUCAAGUUCAGCACAUUUUGGAUCAAAACAGGCUGUUGAUCAACGAGAUUAACCAGAAUCAUGAAUCAAAGGUCCCUGAUAAUCUGAGUAGAAACGUGGGGUUGAUCAGAGAGCUCAACAACAAUAUAAAAAAAGUUGUUCAUCUUUAUUCUGAUCUUUCAUCCAAUUUUUCCAAGUCAGUUGACGUCAACUCCUCUGAAGGGGAUUCGAGAUCAGAUGCCAAGAAGAGGACUAGGCCUCCUACUGCUUAAUUAAUUCUUAUUUUUUUUUUACAAAUAUUAUUCUCAUUUAAAUUAGAUUGUAAGUUUCUUAUCUAGUACUACUUUUCAGAAUAACAACCCACCGUCCCUGUAUAUCUUUCUUUCAAUCUAAUUCAGUAAUUGUAAUCUCUCUUUUUUACCAUAUUAA